CAUCUACAUCAUAGACUGACUGCAGGGAUGGAGGACAAAGUUUGAGCCCAGUCCCUACCUUUGUGCCUUUACUCAGUUUUCAAGGUGCUGGGAGGGGCCUUGCUUGCCCAAGCAAUAAAAGCAGUUGCAUAGGAUUGUUAUUCUAGAUCAUUCUCACUCAGCCUAUGGUUCAAGACCCUUUGGUGUGCUCUUUCACAAGGGUCACCCAGGACCAUCAGAAAACACAGAUAUUUGUAUUAUAGUUCAUAACAGUAGCAAAAUUACAGUUAUGAAGUAGCAAUGAGAAUAAUUUUAUGGUUGGGGAUCACCACAAAAUGAGGAACUGUAUUAAAGGGUCACAGCGUUAGGAAGGUUGAGAACGACUGCUCUUGCUAGAGCUAGGAGCCUUCAGGUUUGGGGAUCAAGGUGUUUAGUUUGUGAGCCCUGCCCCAGGCUGUCUCAGGAAGGGUGACCCAGGACAUCUGCUGAGGGCAAUGGCAGGUAGAACUCUGGCCCUGUGUGAGGUGAGGCUCGGUUGCCAGGUGACUGUCCCAGGGCAGCCCCCCACUGUCUCUGCCCGCUGUGCUCACUCAGCAGUAGCCACCUCGAUAGUGCUUACUCCCUUGCCACCAUGUCGAGGCAGCUCAACAUGGACACCCUGCGGCAAAACUUCUGGAAGGAGGAAUACCUCAGAGAGAUGAAGUUGCGCUGUGAAUGGCACCGCAAGUUUGGGGCUCUGGUGAAGGCCAAACAGAGGGCUAAGGCCGCAGCUCGCCUGCCCCUCAAACUGCCCACCCUGAUGCCUAAGGCCCCGGAGUCACCACCACCUGUCUCCAGAGCAGCCCUUUCUAAGGCUCCCAGCCCUGCCCCAGAGGUUCCUUUACAGUCAGAAAUGUACCCAGUACCACCUGACACCAAAGCCCUGCUCUACGAAGGCAUCUCCCAUGACUUGCAGGGUCGCUACCAGUAUCUCAACGCCCGAAAACUGGACCUGCCAGAGAUGCGCUACCUGUUCCCCAUCACCACCAACUUCACAUAUGGCUGGCAGCUGGGCCCCCCAACAAAGCAGGAAUUGGUCUCCUGCAAGAUGUGUCGCAUUGAGUCGUUCUUCCGUAAGAAUGGAGCCUUUGCACUACUGGACCCCCGGGACCUGGCCCUCUGACCUUGGGCCAGGCAGUGACAGAGGAGCAGAAAGAGGAAAUAAUAGGAUUUUGGUGGAGCUGCA